AUGGCAACUAGAUUUGAGCAUCCCGUGUACGAUAAGCUCUCAAAUUACUCCUUUUAUCUCUGUUCCACGUCUCCGCGCCGCCAGGAGAUUUUGAACAUGCUCGGGUUCUGUCCUGUUAUCAGGCCGUCUCAUUUUGAGGAAAAUCUAUCAAAGCUAGAUUACACGGUAGAAGAGUACGUUGCAGAGACCGCCAGAGGCAAAUGCUUGGCUGUUUGGGAUCAAUUGAAAAAGGAAGGGAAAACAGAUAACGUGCUACUCCUUUCGGCCGAUACAGUUGUCGAGAACGAAGGAGUGAUCUACGAGAAGCCAAAGACACAGGAGGAAAACUAUCGGGCAAUUUGCAAGAUGCGCGACUCGAACGAGCCUGUUCGCGUUAUUUCAGGAGUCGUUAUGCUGUUGAGUGACGCCAGCACACGAGGAAAGCCAGACAGGUGCAAGAUCAAGACAUUCACGGAAAUCACAGAGAUUAUUAUGGAAAAGUCUGUGAGCGACGAGUUUGUAAGAAAAUACAGCGAGUGCGGCGAGGGCCACCAGGUGGCAGGCGGAUUCAAGAUCCAGGGCUCGGGCGCCUUGAUGAUGAGAGGCAUAAAUGGAGACUACUACAACGUGUUGCAUAAACAAUUUAUUCACUCAGGCAGUUGGCAGCGGAGAAAGCAAGUUAAUGAGGUUUGGUCUGUUGGAGGUGGAUUGCCAUCCCAGGUAAAUGAUGAAUGGGAUCCAUCCGUAGUGGGCGAUGGUCUUAGUGGUGUCGAGGAUCUUGGAGAUUCUCUCUUUGGACUCUUCAGACAGGUUCAGGCCGGCGUUCAUGAUGAGGAGUGUUCGAAGAGUUGA